UCUAUAAGUGUGGUGAGGAUGUCCUCUUCAUAACCUUACUCUCUCUCUCCCUCAUAGAGGAAUCUGAUCGUACACCACCAUAUCCACCCUCAGAUCUCUUCAACUGUGCCCAUUGUUUUGCUGUCUUCCUCUCUCUCCUCUCCUCUUCCCACCUCUCUCGCUCUCUCGCUCUCCCAUCAUCAUCAUCUCAAAACCAGAAAAUUAAUUACUAUGUUAAGAUCACCAGAACUCCCAGAUUGUUUCUACCCAAACCAACCAAUCUUAAUCUCCCCAAACAUCCCAACUCCGACCCACUCACUCUAUCUCUCCAACCUCGAUGAUCAAAAGUUUCUCAGAUUCUCCAUUAAAUAUCUUUACCUUUUCAAGAAAUCUGUGAGCUCUGAUAUCUUGAAAUAUUCUCUUUCUAGAGUACUUGUCGAUUACUACCCUUUAGCUGGGAGGUUGAGGACGAGCUCUGAAGAUGAUCAGAAGCUCGAGGUUGAUUGUAAUGGAGAGGGUGCUGUGUUUGCUGAAGCCUUCAUGGAUAUAACUGCUGAGGAUUUUCUUGAACUUUCUAGGCAGCCAAACAGGUCUUGGAGGAAGCUUUUGUACAGGGUUGAAGCUCGCAGCUUCUUGGAUGUUCCUCCGCUUGUCGUUCAGAUCACGAAUCUCCGUUGUGGAGGAAUGCUUCUGUGCACCGCAAUCAAUCAUUGUCUAUGUGACGGCAUUGGUACAUCACAAUUCCUACAUGCUUGGGCCCACCUCACCACAAAACCCAUAACUACUGACUUACUAAUUAAGCCAUUUCACUCUCGCCACGUGUUAAAACCCCGUAACCCUCCACAGGUAACCUUCACUCAUUCCCAAUUUUCCAAAACUACCCCUACUAAAGAUGGUCGUCCUCCUCCUCUCCAAUUGGACCUCAACCAAUACCUACAAUCUCAACCACUAGUCCCUGCAUCCUUAACCUUCACUCCUUCAUGUAUCCUUUACCUCAAGAGACAAUGUGUCCCCUCGCUAAAAUGCACCACCUUUGAGGUUCUAGCAGCUCACACGUGGCGCUGUUGGGUCAGAUCACUAGACUUGGGGCCCACGCACAUUGUAAAGCUCCUGUUCUCUAUCAGUGUUAGAAAACGAUUGAAGCCAGAGUUGGUAGAGGGGUAUUAUGGGAAUGGGUUCAUGCUAGGAUGCGCCGAGGCUACAGUUAAGGAGUUGGUAAUCACUAACUUACAUAAUGGAGUGAAAAUGGUACAACAAGCCAAGUUAUCCUUAACUGAUGACUAUGUGAGGUCAACAAUAGAUUUGUUGGAGGAUAAAACAGUAAAAACAGACUUGUCCUCCAGCUUAGUUAUAUCUCAAUGGUCCAAGUUAGGAUUAGAGGAUUUGGAUUUUGGAGAAGGAAAGCCUUUGCAUAUGGGUCCGUUAACUAGCGAUAUAUAUUGCUUAUUUUUACCAGUUAUUGGUGAUUUUGAAGCUGUGAGAGUGCUGGUGUCUGUGCCCGAGAGUGUAGUUGAUAAGUUUGAGGGUUACAUGAAAGAUUUUGCAAGUGGAGAAGACAAUGGAGAUGCAAAUGGACAUUGUGGACAAGAAAAUGGUUUGAUCUGAAUGAACAUUUUAUUUAGUGUGCAUUGAUUGUGAGAGGUCUAUGAGUCCCAUAUUGGGUUCUGAGACCUACACAGACCUCUCAAAGACAGUGCACUCAAUCAUACAAUAUAUUGAAGAGAAGCUUAACUUAUAUAUAUAUAUAAAAAAAAAUCUUUUUCUUUUCAACUCUUGUUUUCCCUUUCCUUAAGUAUAAUCAAUGUUUAUGUGAUGUGGGGGAAGCAUUUUUUGUUAAUGGCUUAUAAUGUGUAUAUUCAUGUGGGAAGUUUGACUAUGAAUCUGUCUCAGCAGCUAGCUACUAUGAAUCUAUGUAUUUCACGUAGUAAAGAAAUCCAUGUGAUAAGUUGAUACAAAUUUUAAUGUA